AUGAGCCAUCAGCUAAAGGGCCUGGAGAAGGAAGCAGGUGGUGGAGUGAGAGGGAGGGCCCGGAGUGGGCAUCCACACCCAGGUGACAGAUCAGGGAGGAGACCCUCGACGAAACGGACUUCCAAAGCCAAGGGUUCACGGGUCCAGCAUGGAGUCCAGCCCAGCCAGAAGGAGAGGCCUGGGGGCAGCCCUAGACCUGGGUCUCCCUGGAGGAAGCCCAUGGAACGCCCAGCACGCAGGAGCAGGCCCGAGGGGCUGCGCCGACUAGAGCGGAGCUCAAUGGAGGAAAGGACCUGCCAGGGAAGGAGGAAGAGAGAUGGGAGGACUUCCUUCAAGGAGCAGAGAGCACACCCAAAGAAAGAAAAGGAGGUUGUGGGGAAGGAGCUGAAGAAACCCAGGUCAUCUUCCUUGGUCUCCAGUACCUCUAGUGAUGAGUCUCUAUCUGAGGAAGAACUGGCCCGGAUCCUAGAACAAGUGGAAGAAAAAAAGAAACUCAUCGCCACCAUGCGGAACAAGCCCUGGCCCAUGGCAAAGAAGCUGACAGAACUCAGGGAGGCCCAAGCAUUUGUGGAGAACUAUGAAGGAGCCUUGGGAAAGGGGAAAGGCAAGAGGCUCUAUGCCUACAGGAUGCAGAUGGCGAAGAAAUGGGUCAAGUUUAAGAGAGACUUUGAUAAUUUCAAGACUCAAUGUAUCCCCUGGGAAAUGAAGAUCAAAGACAUUGAAAGUCAUUUUGGUUCUUCCGUGGCAUCCUAUUUCAUCUUCCUCCGGUGGAUGUAUGGAGUCAACCUUGUCCUUUUUGGUUUAAUAUUUGGUCUAGUAAUAAUUCCAGAGGUGCUGAUGGGCGUGCCCUAUGGAAGUAUCCCCAGGAAGACUGUGCCUCGGGCUGAGGAAGCAAAAGCCAUGGACUUCUCUGUCCUUUGGGAUUUUGAAGGCUACAUCAAAUAUUCUGCACUCUUCUAUGGCUACUACAACAACCAGAGGACCAUUGGGUGGCUAAGGUACAGACUGCCCAUGGCUUACUUUAUGGUGGGGGUCAGCAUGUUCGGCUACAGCCUGAUGAUUGUCAUUAGAUCGAUGGCCAGCAACACCCAGGGGAGCACAGGUGAGGGAGAGAAUGAUAACUUCACCUUCAGUUUCAAAAUGUUCACCAGCUGGGACUACCUGAUUGGGAAUUCAGAGACAGCUGACAACAAAUAUGCCUCCAUCACUACCAGCUUCAAGGAAUCAAUAGUGGAUGAACAAGAGAGUAACAAAGAAGAAAAUGUCCAUCUGACAAGAUUCCUUCGUGUCCUGGCCAACUUUCUCAUCAUCUGCUGCUUGUGUGGGAGUGGAUACCUCAUUUACUUUGUGGUGAAGCGAUCCCAGGAAUUUUCCAAAAUGCAGAACGUCAGCUGGUAUGAAAGGAACGAGGUGGAGAUUGUGAUGUCCCUACUUGGGAUGUUUUGCCCUCCUCUGUUCGAAACCAUCGCUGCCUUGGAGAAUUACCACCCACGCAUCGGGUUGAAGUGGCAGCUGGGGCGCAUCUUUGCCCUCUUCCUGGGAAAUCUAUACACAUUUCUUUUGGCCCUGAUGGAUGAUGUCCACCUCAAGCUUGCUAAUGAAGAAACAAUAAAGAACAUCACUCACUGGACCCUGUUUAACUAUUACAAUUCCUCAGGUUGGAAUGACAGUGUCCCCCGGCCACCCUUGCACCCUGCAGAUGUGCCCCGGGGCUCUUGCUGGGAGACAGCUGUGGGCAUCGAAUUCAUGAGGCUGACAGUGUCCGACAUGCUGGUAACCUACAUCACCAUCUUGGUGGGGGACUUCCUCCGGGCUUGUUUUGUCCGGUUCAUGAAUCACUGCUGGUGCUGGGACCUGGAGGCUGGUUUUCCUUCAUAUGCUGAAUUUGAUAUUAGUGGAAAUGUGCUGGGUUUGAUCUUCAAUCAAGGAAUGAUCUGGAUGGGCUCCUUCUACGCUCCAGGACUGCUGGGCAUUAAUGUCCUGCGCCUGCUGACCUCCAUGUACUUCCAGUGCUGGGCAGUGAUGAGCAGCAACGUCCCCCACGAACGUGUGUUCAAAGCCUCCCGGUCCAACAACUUCUACAUGGGCCUGCUGCUGCUAGUGCUCUUCCUUAGCCUCCUGCCAGUGGCCUACACCAUCAUGUCCCUCCCACCCUCCUUUGACUGCGGUCCAUUCAGUGGGAAAAACAGAAUGUAUGAUGUCCUCCAGGAGACCAUUGAAAAUGAUUUCCCAACCUUCCUAGGCAAGAUCUUUGCUUUCCUUGCCAAUCCAGGCCUGAUCAUCCCAGCCAUCCUGCUGAUGUUCCUGGCCAUCUACUACCUGAACUCAGUUUCGAAAGGCCUUUCCAGAGCUAAUGCCCAGCUGAGGAAGAAAAUCCAAGCACUUCGUGAAAUUGAGAAGAGCCACAAAUCUGUCAAACGCAGAGCUAGCAAUUCAGAGAACAGAUCAAAACACCAAAAUGACACUCAGCUGCAACUUACUAAAGAAGAGCCCAUGCCUCUCUCUGCCAGCCAAUGCCAAACCCUGGACAAGAAGACAGGGAAUACUGCAACCUUCAGUUCUGCCAGGAAGAUCCCACAGCCGGCCUCCAGGCACCUGACUGGUUCUCAGCCUCUGGGAGUCAAACCAGAUGCUGGACAAUCCCAGCCUCAAACGCACCCCUUCAGGUCAGCCACUGGAAAGAGUAUUCAAAGGACUCCCCGCUGA